AUGUCGCGGGCGAAGGAAGCUAAGGGCAAGUUUGUGUCCAAGAGGACGAUAUCGCUCAAGAGCGCGGACGGCAGGCCCGUCGAUCUCGAUAAUCUGCGGCGGAAUGUCGGCCCAUCGCCUGUCAGCGCUGGCCCGCAGAGUCCGAGCGUGGGCAAGAUCGAGCACACACGGACGCCGAGUCGGCCGGUGGUGAGGAUGGAGACGCCCGAGCAGAAGAAGGCUCGUGAGGCGGCUGAGGAGGAGAAGGCGAAGAAGGAGCGCGAGGCUAAGGAGAAGGAGGAGCGGGCGAAGAAGGAGGCUGCUGAGAAGAGGGAGCGCGAGGAGCGGGAGAAGAAGGAGGCCGAGGAGAAGGCCAAGAGGGAGGCUGAAGAGAAGGUCAAGAAGGAGAAAGAGGAGGCCGAGAGGAAGGCGAAGGAGGAGGCCGAGGCCGCUGAGCGUGCGAAGAAGGAGGCAGAGGAGAGGAAGCGCAAGGAGGAGGAGGAAGCCGCUGCGAAGGCUAAGGCCGAGGAAGAGGCCAAGGCGAAAGAGGCCGCCGAGAAGAAGGCCGCUGAGGAGGCCGCCGCAAAGGCAAAGGCUGACGAAGAGGCUAAAGCCAAGGCUGCCGCUGAACCCGCUGAGACGGAGGAAGGCGAGAUCGUCGAGGACAAGGAGAAGAAGGCCGAUGACAACUCGAUCGCCUACCCCGAGGGUAUCCAAAGCCCAAAGCUCGAGCUCAACGUCAAUGCCUCCAAGGGCAAGUUCAAGUACGACCGCGACUUCUUGCUCCAGUUUAUGGCUGUCUGCAAGGACAAGCCGGACAACCUUCCACCCCUCGACGCCAUUGGCCUCGAGCCCUCUGACCAGGCGUUCAGCAUGGCCCGUGGUGGAUCCGGUCGUCGUGCAUCGGGUAUGCAGACUCCCUCAUCGCGCUCGAACCCCAUCGGCCUUGGCUUCGGUCCUAUCGGCAAGGCCGGUAUGGGCAACUUCGCCAUGCCCGCUGGUGCUGCUAGCAAGCUCUCCAGCGAGGAACGCUUCGCAAUGGCGAGCCGUCCGGCUUCGACGAGCGGCGCUGGUAUGCCUCGCGCUGGUGCACCGCCACUCGCCCGUAUCUCAAACGAGGGUGGGCCUGGCGGUGAUCGCCGUAGGACUCGCAGCUCACGCGGACAUGCUCGCGGCAAGAAUAGAAUGGAUACGAUUCAGCAGCCGCUCAUUCUCGAGGGGGCAGACCUGCCGGAACCGGACGUGGAGGUGCACUCUGACUUGUUCAAGUCGGAGGUAGUGGUCCACGAGGUUGAAGCGUUGCUCGACCAGUUGACCGUAGGGCGCUUCGACUCGAUCUCAGAUCAGAUCAUCGAAUGGACGAACCAAUCGGAAAGGGAGAAGGAUGCGCGCACGCUGACGCAGGUCAUCCGUGUCGUUUAUGAGAAGGCGAUGGAAGAGGCGGCGUUCAGCGAGGUCUAUGCGCGCCUGUGUCGAAAGAUGAUGGAGCAGAUCUCUACCAAGGUCCAGGAUGACGGGAUGCGCAACAACGAGGGCACGCCGUUCGCGGGGGGGCAGCUGUUCAGAAAGUUGCUCCUCAGCAGGUGUAAAGAGGACUUCGAGCGUGUCUGGGUAGCGACGGACCCCGCCAGUGCUGCCGGGUCGAACGGAGACGAUGCUAAUGCACGCGUUAGAGAUAGAAGCGUAUGGGCAGGCGUGGACGACGGGAACUUCGUGCCUUACUCAGACGAAUACCGUACCGCCGCAGCCAGGACUAAGCGUCGCGGUAUCGCUCUGGUUCGAUUCAUCGGCGAGCUGUUCAAAUUACGGAUGCUCACAGAGCGCAUCAUGCACGAGUGCAUCAAGAAGCUGCUCAGGAACGCCAGUGAUGAACACCCGGAAGCGGACGAGAUUGAAGGCCUGUGCGUGCUUUUGACGACUAUUGGCAGUAUUCUCGAUACCCCAAAGGCCCGCGCGCACAUGGACGUGCACUUCGCACGCAUGAAGAAGUUGGCUGAAAACAAGGAUGUUGAUGUGUAUACAACGUCUAUGUUGCAGGAUGUUAUCGAACUACGCGAAAACAAGUGGCGAUCGCGUAACAAGAUCGUCUCCGACGAGUGGGCGAUCGCCGGCGCUGCCUCGGGCACAUCUCGCGCGCCGCCCCAGGCCAGCGACCUGUCCAAGUUUGGUCAGAUCAACAAGCAGCAGUUCAUGACGUUCGGCCCUAAGGGCGUAUUCGCCAGGGCCCAGAAGGAUGGCGCCGGAUCUCAUUGCGAGGGCAACAUGUCGCGCGCUGCGGGUGCCCCGAGGACUAUGUUUGAUAUGCUUUCCGGCGCGUAUGCACCUGAGGCACCCGUGAUUACCACGUCCAGCAGGCCGCCGAGCCGCGUCCCGUAUGCCGAUCUCAGCCAGGCUGACGCGUCCGAUGCACCAAUGCAGCGCCGCAAGCUCAACUUGUUACCGCGGAGCAAGGCACCGCAUCCGGAGAAGAAGCAUACUGAGGAGGCGAAGCGCAAGGUCGGAGAGGACGUCAAAGAGUUGUUCUCAUUGAGAUCAGUCGACGAGGUCGAGAGUUACUUCACGAGCUUGCCGGCCGAGCGCCGUUGGCUACUCGUGGAUGCAAUGUGCAUGGAGGGCAUCGAAAGACAGGCAGCCGACGUACUGCUGGUUACGGCCUUACUCGCACGUGCGCGCGUGAGGUCGCUUGCGAGCCUCGACGCAUUCGAGAAGGGUUUUGAGCAACUUGCCGAGCUCCUCGACGACAUCGCGAUCAAUGGGCCGAAGGCAUUCAAGACCUUCGCUGACUGGAUGCGUGCCGCUGGUCUUGCGGAGGAUGAGGAACGCAGGACACGCAUCGCGGAGAAGUUGUCGGAGGGCAGGGAUAAGCUUCUUGGUUUGCUGGCGUACUCUCUCCUUGACCCUACUGUUAUUGCUCCUUUGAAUACUCUGCAUGUUUAA